AUGUCUUCUAUUGAUGUGGCUGGUGCCGUCCGCAAUAUUCUUGGAGACAGCAAUCUUAACUCUGAGCUAUCUACCGCUUUGGUUUCAUUAGCUUCUGCUCUGGAUCAGCUGAAGAAACAACAAAUUCAAAUGAAGGAUCAGCAGGACGCCUCAACUAAAGAACUGGAAUUAGUCCGCCGUAUGUCGAGGACUAAUUGGUUGCUUGUGAUCAAUUUGCCCCUGCCUUUCGGCCUAUCAAAAGGCCAGGCUUUGCAACGUCUGUUCGACAACUUGAAUUACUCCAAACCGCUUUUUGACUCAGAACGUGAUCUUCUAGCUGCAGAAAUUCUUUAUGUGAACAAAAACGGAGCAACUUGUAACAUGUCUGGAUUGGCCAUUCAUGAAAUGGAGGGGGAAAUAUCAAAAGAUGGAGCAGGUCAGACCGCUUUCCACAAACAUACAGAUGCGAAGACGCAGCUUUCAACGAAUGAACCGUCUAAUUUCAAGACUUCCACAGAAAGAUCUAAAAAGCUAGCCUCCAGUCGAAGAGCAAGCGAUGAGGCUCAUGAUGAAGAAAGGACCGCCUACACCAAAGAAGUCGAAUUGAUUUUGACGGUCUCGAAUAGCAAAAUCAGUCCCGCCACUGAUCCUCAAGCUUGUGCAGAGAAACUGCCAAAAAAUCAACUCAGUCUUUCCCAGUGGCCUGCGGAGAACGAAGACGAAAAGGAGUGUAUGGGAGAUCAAGUGAAAGUUGUGGACUGUUGUGAAGCUGAGGAAGAUGUUUACAGAUCUACUUAUGACAUGGUGAUGAAGGGAUUGGCAAAAUGGAAGAUCAAAAGUGAAGAACUGCAACGAGAAAACGAAGAUUUCCGGAUUUUGGCUGCAUCAGCUGAACAGACGGAAAAACGUUUGUUGAAGUGGAAGGAUGAAGCAGAAAUAGUACAAGAUGAAGCUAAAGCUCUACAAAUCUUGGCUGCAACAAUUGACCAGAUGGUGCAGAUGUGGGAGCAUAGAAUGCACGCGCUUGAAAAGGACAAUCACUUGAUGAGGGAAGAGUCAAUGAAGGCAGCUGAAGAGUCACAAAAAUUUGAACGGCUACUUGAUGACUCCAAGCGCCAUGAGAAGGACAUGGCUCUAAAUCUUGAAAAGGCUCUGGAGCAGAACAAAAUGUGGAAGAAUGUCUCAGACUUGCUUAUAGAGGAAAACGAAGAUCUCCAUCAUGAAAUGGAAGACUUGAAUAAAAGGAUGGCGGACUUUGAUCUUUUUGUGAAAGAAACAGAGCAAAGAGAGCGAAGAGUUUUACAGAAACUGCAGGAGGCUGAACAGCGAAGUGAUGCAUGGAAGGCAAAGGUGCAGCAAGUAUUUGAUGAAAAUGAGAGACUUCAAGUUCUACAAUACGAAUCAACCAAGAAGAUCGCUGGUCUGGAACGUGAGUUGGAAAAAUCGCGACACCGAGAGAAAAAAUCUACCUCUGAUUUUGAAAAGAUGGAAACGCUUAAUCUUGCGCUAGGGAAACUGCAACAACGAGAGCAAGAGACUACAUCGAAAUUGAAUAGGGCUGCAGAACAAACAAAGAACCGGGAAAAAGAAAUGGCUUCACUUCUGCAAAGGAACAAAAUCCUCCAACGUCAGCUACAAGACUCAUCAAAAAAGAUGAAAAAGGUGUACUAUUUUCUGGAAAAAUCGCAGCAGCACGAAAAGGAGCUUUCGUCUGCUUUAGCAGAGACUCUGCAACAAAAAUGUGGUCUAAAGGAAUUGGUGACUUUUAUUUCGCAGUUGAACAGGCUCCUCCUAAAACAGCAACAAGAGCUGACCAACAAGAUGAAGGAGCACAAUCUUGCACACAUGAAGUUAGAACAACGAGAGCAGAGGCUUUCAUCUGCGUUGCAACAGAAGCAGCAGAUCAGCGCGAUAGAAGCGGGACAAUACUCACAGUAUUCACCUGAAGAUUUGAAGAAGUUGCCCGAAGAAGGGUGGAGUUAUGUCUUCUUCGAAGAAGGUGACGAAGGACUCCAUGAAACAGAAAAUGAAUUCGAUAUCGAAGAGUUGGCGUAUAACUUUUUCGAUCAGGUGAGGGCAGACGAUUUCUACGACUGGGACGGAGGAUAUGAGGAAGAAUACUCAGAUUCUUACGGCGAUGAGGAAGAAUUAUAUGAAGAAGAGGAGUAUUGGAACUGGUACGACCUAAUUGAAAUGACGCAGGAUGACUUUUAUAUAAAUGUUGAUGAAUUACGCUACGGAUUAGAUCCAGACUAUGAGAUGGAGGACUCUUAUGCCAAUGAGCAAGAAGGACAGUACGAAAUGGAUUUUCCAGAAUACAUCAUAGGAGCUGCUGAGAAAGAAGCGCAAAGCUGUUAUAAAGCGAUGCGAAUAUGGAAGAAGAACAAAUUUGGUGAGAUACCCAACACUGCGGAAAAGGAAACAUGUUCAGACGGUAAUAUAAAUAUAUUCACCUCAAAUGGACUGUCGUCAACCAUUACAAACAGACUGUUGCAUCAUCUACUAUUACGUCGUCUCAUCCUAGAUCGCUCGAAUUAUGAAGUUCGCAACGAUUGUGGUCAUACUAGCACUUAUGAGCAGCGCCGUAGGCAAAGGAAGAGGAAUGCUGGGUUUCGACACGGGUUGUGGUGA